UUUCCUUUCAUAACCAGAGCUGUAAUAAAUAGCCGUUUUGGACUCGGCAGCAAGGACCUCAUUUCUGAGUGCAGAGAACUGGACAGUGUGCCACGAUGAUUGGUCUUGCAGGGCUUGUUGGAUUUCUGCUGGUUCUGACAGCUGAGGCCAGAGUUGGAAACUCCUCGCAGUCCGAGUUCUGUACUGAGACAGAGCAGUGUCUGCUGUAUGAUCUGGUUUGUGAGAACAAUUACCAAGUGCGUCACUAUGAUUCUGUGAAGUGGGUUUCAACCAACGUGGACCAUCGUUUCAUGGAUAUGGCAAUGAUGAAAGCAUUCAGGAGACUCUUUAAUUACAUAAUGGGUGAAAAUGAAGCAGGCAUAAAAAUUCAAAUGACUGCUCCCGUUGUUGUGAGAGUUCCUGACAAGAAGAUGUUUUUUGAAAGGGUUACCUACACAAUGAGUUUCUUGCUGCCAGCUGAACAUCAAACGAAUCCUCCCAGUCCUACUGAUGAUGACGUGUACAUCAAUGACACUCCUGAUAUGAAAGUGUAUGUACUCAGCUAUGGAGGAUGGAUGAUGAGCUGGACUGAUCAAAUGAAGACAAAAGAACUGACUGGAAUGCUUGACACACAUAAGGCAAAAUAUAAACAAGGAUUCCAUUACGCUGUUGGGUAUAACAGUCCCAUGAAGAUGUUUAACAGGCACAACGAGGUGUGGGUACUUGUUGAGGGUGACCACGUGUGCAAAAAGGAAUAAUCUCCUUUCUCUUGAAUGUCAUGAAUCCUGUGCAACGACAGCUUACUGCAGACUGCGCAUACGGAGACAUUUUGUAGCUGAGCAUUGCUUCUAGUCAUGUGUCACAUAAUUAACCUGUCAGUGAGAGCACAGAUUUCAAAAAUGUACAUGAAUAGAAUGUACUGUGUCUUUUGAUGAUGGUUUUAUAUUAGCUUGUUUGAUGCCUUUCUUUGCUAUUCAAUAAAGUUUCUUCUUUGCAGUCA